AUGUUCAUCCAGGGUAUUCUAAACUGGCUGACCCUAGCGUCUCUAACGUUCAAUUCGCAUAAACACGAAGACGAUGACCCCCUCAAGAGACUCGGAAACUUGACUCCGUACCGUGUAGCUCCUGCUUCUCAUAAAGUCGAGGCAGAGUUACCAGAUAAUUGCAGUGUCGAUCGAGUGAUGCUGAUGCACAGACAUGGCUCUCGUGGACCUGCUGGUACUGAAGAGAUGGACCUGAUCAACUCCCUCGUCCAAACGCUGAGAAAUGGUCACGAUGCUCUCCAGGAUGCUUAUCUGCCCGAGAACCUCCGUUUCCUCCAGACUGGGAAGGGAUAUGAAUCACAUCUGGAUCCAGAAAACCUGACCAUCAUCGGGCGUCAGCAGCUCUUCAACCAUGGUGUGGAAUUCGGGUUGAAGUAUCCGAGCUUCACUACGGAAACAUUGCUAUCCAGCACUACGCAAAGAGGACGUUUUGGUCGCGAAGUCGAGGGCAAGGACCUACGCACAGUCGAUGAUAUACCCGGUCCAGUGUCUUGGAUCACUCCUUGGACUUCGUGCCCUGGCCUCGACUGGCACUAUGCAUCAAAGGCGAGUAAACCGGUGGCAAAUGAGUGGAGCACUUCGUACCUCCCUAACAUCACCAAGCGCUUGAAUGACCUCCUUCCUUAUGGUGUUUCCUUGACUGAUGACAACACUCACGGAGCUUUGUAUGCAUGUGCAUAUGACCUAGCCGCAGGGGAAGAGUCACCAUGGUGCGAUGUUUUCUAUGCGAAUGAACUUGCAGAUUUUGAGUAUGAAUUGGAUCUCAUUAUGGUCGCAAGUGUCGGAUACCUGGUGUCCAAUGAUGCUGGACGUGUCAUGGGAAGCGUCUUUGUUAAGGAAUUAAUCAAUAGAUUCUCCAACACUAGUGAGGAAGCCCAGUCCCUCUAUCUCGAAUUCGGGCAUGAUGCUACUAUCAUGGCUGCGAUGGCUGCAAUGAAUCUCAAUAGAGACGAACCCCCACUGUCUUCAGAUGGCCUACGCCAGCACCGAAGGUUCCGAACAUCGUAUCAAACUCCCUUUGCCGCCCAAAUGAUCUGGGAAAGUUUCACUUGUAAAGAGUCAUUCGACGGACCACAAAUUCGACUGGUACUUAACGAAGAGACAUAUCCCUUACGGACUUGCGCAGAAACCAAACAAGAUCGUCGAUUUGGGACUUGCUCACUGGAUGCAUUCAUAAGAGCCAAUCAGUUCAGUACCGACAUCGAGUUCGGUGAUGAUACGUGGCAAGCGGCCUGCGGUGCCCACUCAGAGGUUUUGAAUGUUCAAGGAUGGUUGCUCAAGGUAUAA